AGAGCAUCUCAAAGCUCCCGUCCUCACUUCUCAACACUGACAACGUGGAAAACGUGCCCCACGAGUUUCCGUUUCAUCAAGUUAGCUGUUGCCCGACUUCCGUCAAAGUUGCCUCGAAAUUAUUCAGAAAACCUGUGUGUUGUGAGAAAAAUCUCACGUUCAUUUUCUUAAACUACCAACUACUGAAUGGGCAAGAAGCAAAAAAUGAAGAAAACCGGUAAGAUGGCAGCAAACGGUCAGGCUGAAGUUCCAGCUGGAUUGCAAAAGCAGAAUGAGAAUACGACUGAGGUUGAGGCCGAAAAGGAAAAAGGCGCACCAAUUGAAGUUACCCGUUUGGAGGACCUAUCUCUGGACCCAGCCUAUUGUCUUAAGCUCCGAAAGCUGGUGGAUUUGGCCAAUAAGUUGCCAAAUAAUGUUUUGACUUUGAAAAACAUGGACAAACAUGUGAGCUCGGAUUCUGGCACCGGAGCUUCCGGUGAUUCAGACGACGAUCUUUCGGACAGCGAUGACGAUAUUCCGGAUCUGGUCGAUGCCGAGGGGAAGCCGAAUCUGUCCCUCGGUCUGAACUUGAUGAGCGAAGCCCCCAGGCAGUCGCGCGGCGAGAAGAAGGCACGCCGUUUGCUCAGCAAGUUGGAUCUGAAGCCGAUGGAGAAUGUGGCACGUGUCACCAUGCGCAAGAACAAGAACAUUCUGUUGUACAUCGACAAGCCGGACGUUUAUAAGGUGCCCCAUGGCGAUACCAUUAUUUGCUUUGGCGAGGUCCGUGUGGAGGACAUCUCGAGUACAGCCGCUGCCCAGGCCGCUGAGCGCUAUCGCAUGCCGGCUGCAGGUGAAACCGAGGAGUCCAAAGAGGGACAAAAAGGAACUGCCGCCGUGGCCCGUCCAGAUGAUGAUGACGAGGAGGUGGAUGAGGAGGCCGCCAAGGGUCUGGACGACAAGGAUAUCGAACUGGUCGAGAUGCAGGCCUCCUGCUCGCGCAAGCAGGCCAUUAAGGCUCUACUCAAGAACGACAACGAUGUGGUCAACGCCAUCAUGGCCUUAACCGUUGGUUAGGCGCAUUAAAUCUUUAAAAACUCAAAAACUAAAUUCAGAACAUGUAUCAGUUUCAAAAUCUUAAACAUCAACAACGUUUGCUUUUGUUUCUCAUCAAU